AUGACCGACACCACGGACAACACCAUAUUGGUGUCGCAGGGAUCACCUCUAUCAGAGGCUGUCAAAACUCUCACAUCCCAGCACAAGCUCCUCACCUACAUGCUAUGCCUCCUCCUCGCCUGGCCAGUAUUAGCAAGCACGCUACGUAACCGACGCACCUACGGCAUCCCGACAAUCUCAACCCUCCUAACAAAAACAAGCCAAUUCUCUAACCCAGUAACAUCCCUGAAACGCUACACAGACACAAGCGCGCUUGUCCAAGAAAUGGUCGGCAACAACCCAACAUCCAAGCGCGCUUUCCUCGGUCUCGCGCGUACCAGGUUCCUACAUCGCGGGUAUAGAGCCUCUGGCCAAAUCCUCGAAGAGGAUAUGCUCUACACGCUAGGAUUAUUCGCUCUGCAACCUAUCCGGUUUAUUGACCGGUUUGAGUGGCGUUCUUUGAGUGAGAUGGAACGGUGUGCUAUUGGGACAUUUUGGAAGAGUGCUGGUGAUGCUCUUGAUAUUAGUUAUGAUCCGCUGCCUUCUGGGAAGAGUGGGUUCCGUGAUGGUAUUCAGUGGAUUGAGGAGAUCGAUGAAUGGUGCGAGGAGUAUGAGGCUCGUUGUAUGGUUCCCCAUGUCAAGAAUCGCGAGGUUGCGGAUCAGACGACUGCUGUGUUGGUUUAUAUGCUGCCGACGGUGAUGCAUUCUGUGGGGUUGCAGUUUGUUUCGUUUAUGAUGGAUGAGAGAUUGAGGAGGGCUAUGCUCUACGAUCCCCCAACCCCAUUCUGGAGUACGAUCUUCUCAAUCCUCCUAACAACCCGCAAGCUAUUCCUCCGCCACCUAAUGCCCCCAAGACCACACAUCCUGCGCUAUCAAUCAUUUACCGAAGAGCCAGAUGAGUUUGAGCGGUACUUCCUGACAAAAUGGGAAGCGGCACCGUACUACGUCAAGCCGACGCUCUGGAACCGCUGGGGCCCGACAGCGUGGUUGACCUGGGCUCUUGGAAGACCUGUCCCUGGUGAUGAGGGUGAUAAGUAUUCGCCUGCUGGGUAUAGUAUUCCGGAUCUUGGGCCGAAGAGGUUUGAGGGGAAGGGGAGGAAGGAGUUGGAGGAAUUUAUGGGUCAAAUGAAGGACUAUCGGACUGGAAAAUGUCCUUUCCAUUGA